AUGGAAUGGCUUCCACUGCCAGGGGGCAGGGAUUGGUGGGAUAUUGGGAAGAAAUUCUUCCUUGUGAGGGUGGAGAGGCCCUGGCACAGGGUGCCCAGAGAAGCUGUGGCUGCCCCAUCCCUGGAAGAGUUCAAGGCCAGGUUGGACAGGGCUUGGAGCAACGUGGGACAGUGGAAGGUGUCCCUGCCCAUGGCAGGGGCUGGGACUGGAUGGGCUUUAAGGUCCCUUCCAACCCAAACCAGUCUGGGAUUCUAUUUAUUACAAUUCUAUUUAUUAGAAUUUUAUGUAUUAGAAACAACCUGGGCUCAGACACCAGCUCCAGUGAGCCCUGACUCUGCACCCUCACAUCCAGGGCAUUUCCACAGGAGUGCAGCUGUCAAACAUCUGUCCAGCAAAGAACAUCUGCAGCUCUCACGCUGUAGGAAUCCCUUUGUGUCUGGUGCUGUAGCUCCCUGUGCCAGACAGCUCAGGCUGGAUUCCCUGCCCUGUGCCCCAGGUACCUCACACAGCCUGGAUUCCCUGCCCAGGUACCUCACACAGGCUGGAUUCCCUGCCCAGGUACCUCACACAGCCUGGAUUCCCUGCCCAGGUACCUCACACGGGCUGCAUUCCCUGCCCUGUGUCCCAGGUACCUCACACAGGCUGGAUUCCCUGCCCAGGUACCUCACACCGGCUGCAUUCCCUGCCCAGGUACCUCACACAGGCUGGAUUCCCUGCCCAGGUACCCCACACAGGCUGCAUUCCCUGCCCUGUGUCCCAGGUACCUCACACAGCCUGGAUUCCCUGCCCAGGUACCUCACACAGCCUGGAUUACCUGCCCUGUGCCCCAGGUACCCCACACAGGCUGGAUUCCCUGCCCAGGUACCCCACACAGGCUGGAUUCCCUGCCCAGGUACCUCACACAGCCUGGAUUCCCUGCCCAGGUACCUCACACAGCCUGGAUUCCCUGCCCAGGUACCUCACACGGGCUGCAUUCCCAGGAGCAGCCAGUAA